AUGUCCUUCAGCAGGAGGAACUGGUCCGAUCUCUCCAGCCUGGCCAGGCAGAGGACCCUGGAGGAUGAGGAAGAGCAGCAAAGAGAGCGCCGCCGAAGGCACCGGAACCUGCUGUCAUCCACCUCCACAGAGGAGGAACCUGCCAGCCCUGCCAAGGACACCAGCCCAGCCUCCAGCAGACCUUCGUCCCUGGUGAAGCCGCAGUCUCCGGAGGACGGGGAGGAGCGAAAGCUCUCAGAGGUGCUGAAGACACAGGAAGGGAGAAGGACGAGGUGCCUCCCAUCCGUGUCCGAAAAGCUGCGGCAGGAGAAGGAGCAGAAGGAGGCGGGGGUGGCCGAGAGCUGCCCGCAGACAGAGGCACAGCCCCGCGGGAGGCAGCAGAGCGGCCGCGCUGCAGAGGAGGCGCCCGGGGGCAGGGGGGACCUGGCCCGGGACAGGAACCCGGAGCCAGCCCCCGAGAGGAAGGUGGUGCUGAGGGCACGGCUCCAGGACACAGAGCAGGGAGUGCAGGCUGCUCGGGGGGAGCAGAGGAAGGAGGUAAAGGAGCCACCAGAGGUGGGGAGCUGCCGGCUCCGGGAGGUGAAGAUCCUCACCAGGGUGGGGAACCGCAGCGCAGAAGAGAAAAGCUCAGCGGUGGCCUCAUCUGCAGAGCAGCAGCAGCCAUCCAGGAACCCCUCAAAGCAGGUAAUCCAGCUGUCCCCUCCCCAGGAUGAAGCUGAAGAAAAGCCAGAGCCUUCUCCAACCCACGUCACCUCCAUCCGACGGGCCAGCCCCAGAACCGUCUCCUUCAGGAUCAUCUCCAAGAAGCAGAAAGAAGAGAGCCAAAGCCCUCUCACAAGGAGUGCGAGUCUGAGGAUCCCAGGCAGCAACAGCACCAUUGGGGAGAAGCUGGAAAAGUACAACUCAGCUGUGCAGCGCUCGGAGGGGGUGAAAUCCUCCGUGCCGGCCCAGAAGAGCCGCCUGCUCUCCUCGGAGGGCGUGGCGAGCAAGCGCAACUUCUUCGAGCGCAGCGCUCCGGCCAAGGCCGAGCCGGCGGCUCCCAGGAAGGACAGCCUCAAGAUCCCAGGGUCGGUGACAUCCCGCAUUAAUCUGUGGAUCAGCCGAGCUCAGGAGCCUGCCAAGGAGGAGAAUGGCAAGGAAAUCCGGAGAAUCAACAGCCUGGCAAAGCGAGAUGUCUGGAUAAAGCAGCCUGGGGACACCUCUGGAGACACCAAGUUGCAGUAACACCAGCUGUGCUAUCAGACCAUCUGGGAAAAACU